AUGUUUUUUUAUAAUCUUUUAAUUCUAUUCUGCAGAUAUCUUAUGGUAAUCAGUUGAAGUUAUUAUUUCCACCUCUAAGAAAAUUUAAAGACAUCUGUUGAAGAUGGUUGUCUGUUACUAAUCUGAUUUUAGGCUCAUAUUCCAAAUAACAUGGGCUUGCAUUCCAUUUGAGUUUGGCUGUGGAUAAUUUCGUCUGAUGGUAUUGGAGUUUAGCUAAGCUGCUUCCUUCCCUCAGAGGCUGCUACUUGUGAAUAAUAGAUGCAUACACAUGUAAGAGCUGGGUAUAUAGAUUGAUAUAAAAAUCUGAAGGAUUUUUCUUAUUUUCGCUUGUUUGGUGAGCUCCUGGAGGCAUUGGUACAAGUGGGCUAGUGGUUAAGGGCAGCGCGAUUGUUGUACCCUGUGCCUGGUGGUUUGUCCAGGAAAAUAUGGUUUCACAUGGGAAGACAACCACUAGUAAUUGUAGCAGAUCCAGAGCUUUGCAGAGAAGUUGGAAUCAAAAAAUUCAAAGACAUUCCCAAUAGAAGCAUUCCUUCUCCCAUCGCGGCGUCCCCUCUUCAUCAAAAGGGUCUAUUCUUCACCAGGGAUUCAAGAUGGUCAACCAUGCGAAACACGAUUUUAUCCGUCUACCAGCCAUCUCACCUUGCAAAGUUGGUGCCGAUGAUGCAGGAGUUCAUUGAUUCAGCAACAGACAAUCUAGACGAUAAAAAAGAUUUCACUUUUUCUGACCUCUCCCUCAAAUUAGCCACAGAUGUCAUUGGACAAGCUGCUUUUGGAGUGAAUUUUGGCCUGUCAAAUUCUGUUAACAAAAUGAACAAUCAACAUGAUGACAAUGAAGUCCAACAAUUCAUCAACCAACACAUUUACUCCACAACUCAACUUAAAAUGGACUUAUCGGGCUCCUUUUCGAUCAUAUUAGGCCUGCUCGUUCCUGUUCUUCAAGAGCCAUUUCGCCAGAUUAUUAAGAGAAUACCAGGUACUAUGGACUGGAAAGCAGAUAGAAUAAACAAAAACUUGAGUAGCCGGCUUGAUGGGAUAGUCGGGAAGAGAAUGGAAGAAAAGGAUCGUGGCUCGAAGGAUUUUCUGUCACUUAUACUAAGUGCCAGAGAGUCGGAUACACUUUCCAAGAACAUCUUCACACCGGAUUAUGUUAGUGCAGUAACAUACGAGCACUUGUUGGCUGGAUCAGCAACAACUUCAUUUACAUUGUCUACUAUAAUUUAUCUUGUUGCGGGGCAUCCAGAAGUUGAGAAGAAGUUGCUCGAAGAGAUUGAUACUUUCGGUCCCCAUGAUCAAAUGCCUACUCCCCCUGAUCUUCAAUUCAAGUUUCCUUAUCUUAAUCAAGUGAUUAAAGAAGCAAUGAGAUUCUACACAGUGUCUCCAUUAGUUGCGAGGGAAACAUCAACUCAAGUAAAUAUUGGAGGUUACAAUCUCCCAAAGGGGACAUGGGUGUGGUUGGCCCUUGGAGUCCUCGCUAAAGAUCCUAACAACUUCCCGGAACCUGAGAAGUUCAAACCAGAGAGAUUUGAUCCCAAUUGUGAAGAGGAAAAACGAAGACAUCCUUAUGCUUAUAUUCCGUUUGGAAUAGGGCCUCGUGCAUGCAUUGGACAAAAAUUCUCCUUACAAGAAAUUAAACUAUCACUCAUUCAUCUAUACAGAAAAUACGUAUUUAGACAUUCCCCACAGAUGGAAACUCCUUUGCGACUCGAAUAUGGAAUAGUUCUUAACUUCAAGCACGGAUUAAAGGUUCAAGCCAUCAAACGUUCAUGAAAGUCACGAGAGAUGAAUGUAUGAAUUCAUGUUCUCAUGUGAAUGAUACAAAUGAUCGUGAAAUUUUUGUAAUUCUACAAUACUUAGAGAGCAGUUUGAGCUGACAGCAUUUCUGGCUAAGCUUAUAAGUUACUUAAAGUUAACUUUUUGGAAAGUGCAUCUUUAUAUACUUUUCAAUAUUAUUCAGUACUAUUUGGUUACAGUUUUUCACA